AUGUUCACGACCUGGCCUGCGAGGAGGCACGCGUGCAGCUCCCUCUUCUGCCACCUCCAUGGCGCCGGGAGCGCCUUGCUGUACCGCGUGCUGGAUGCGGUGACGUCGGCGAAAUGCGAGACGCGGCGGGCUCGCAAGCAGGUCGAGGUGCUCGAGGCCCUGGACGUCGCCGGGACGCAGCUCUACCACUUCACCACCAUAGUCAUCGCCGGCAUGGGCUUCUUCACCGACGCCUACGACCUGUUCUCGGUGUCCCUCAUUGCCGACCUCCUGGGCCGCAUCUACUACGACUCGGCCGACGGCAAGCUCCCCGGGAAGGUCGCGGGCGCCGUCAGCGGCGUGGCGCUCUGCGGCACCGUCCUGGGGCAGCUCUUCUUCGGCUGGCUCGGCGAUAGGAUAGGGCGGAAGCGGAUCUACGGCGUCACGCUCAAGCUCAUGGUUGUGUGCUCGCUCGCGUCCGGCCUCUCCUUCCACAACGAGCCCAAUAUUUUAAUCUUUAUCUUACUAUGCUUGCUCUGCAUAAAGGGUCUUGGGAACCUCGCUGCUGGGGCUGUUGUUCUAGUGCUGUCUGCGAGAUUCAAGAACACGGCCGCGUACGAGACUGACCAGCUCGGGCAAGCAGACUACGUGUGGCGCAUAGUACUCAUGCUCGGCGCCGUUCCUGCCCUGCUCACCUACUACUGGCGCAUGAAGAUGCCCGAGACGGCGCGCUACACCGCGCUCAUCGCCAAGAACCUCAAGCUAGCGGCGUCUGACAUGGCCGCAGUCCUUGACAUCGACUUCAUGUCCGACAUGGAUGCGGAGGCCGUCGUUAAGCAAGACGAGUUUGGCCUCUUCUCCAUGGAGUUCCUUCACAAGCAUGGCCGCCAGCUCCUCGGAACCACCGUGUGCUGGUUCGUCCUCGACGUCGUCUUCUACUCGCUCAACCUCUUCAUGAAGGACAUCUUCAGCGGCAUCGGCUGGUUUGGAGACGCAGCCGAGAUGAGCCCUCUCGAGCAGACCUACAAGAUAGCCCGCACACAGGCCAUCAUCGUGGUCGGCGGUUCCCUGCCAGGGUACUUCCUCACCGUCCUCUUGGUCGACCGCAUCGGCCGCAUCAAGAUCCAGCUCAUGGGGUUCACCAUGAUGACCAUCUUCAUGAUCGGGCUCGCCGCGCCCUACAAAUUCUGGUCCAAGCCCAGCAUGCACACAGGCUUCGCCGUCAUGUAUGCCUUGAUCCUCUUCUUCGCGAACUUCGGCCCCAACUCCACCACGUUCAUCCUUCCCACCGAGAUAUUCCCGACGCGGCUGCGGUCGACGUGCAAUGGCAUAUCGGCUGCCGGGGGUAAGUGUGGUGCCAUCAUUGGUGUUCUCUGGUUCCAGUAUUCUCAGGCGAGCAUCCGGAGCUCUCUUCUUCUGCUGGCGGCGUGCAACCUGGUUGGAGUUAUGUUCACUCUUGCCUUGCCGGAGUCCAAAGGGAUGUCACUCGAGGAUAUCACCGGGGAAAUGGAGGAAGAAAGCGAACCACCUAAAGAAUCUGCAACGGUUGCUGAAGCUGAGUUCAUCCACAGCGUGGAAAUUUCGUAA